AUGGAAUGCACAGGACAAAAAGCCCACCAGGGAAACUGCACUGCAUCGAUGGGUUUCAUCCUGCUUGGUUUUUCUGAUGUUCCCGACCUCCAAGGAUUUCUUUUUGGGAUGUUUCUGAUAGUCUAUGUGAUUAUUCUGAUGGGAAAUAGCUUCAUAAUUAUAAUAACUAAGGUGGAUUUUUCCCUUCAGACCCCCAUGUAUUUUUUCCUUAGGAACUUUUCUUCCUCGGAAAUAUGCUAUGUGUCAGUCACUGUUCCAAGAUUGUUAAUAGAUCUUUGCAGACAAAACAGAAAAAUUUCCUUUCUGGCCUGUGCAACUCAAAUGUAUUUCUUUCUGGUCUUGGGAGCCACAGACUGCUUUAUUUUAACUGUUAUGGCUUAUGACAGGUAUGUGGCCAUUUGCAACCCAUUGCUCUACCCUCUCAUCAUGAACAACAGGCUGUGUGUUCAAUUGGUAGCUGGCUGUUGGAUGACUGGAAUUUCAGUACAUGUAGGCUUCACCUAUCAGAUCUUCUCUCUGCCUUUCUGUAGAUCUCACCAGUUAAAUCACUUUUUCUGUGAUGUACCUCCAGUACUUAAGCUUGUCUGUGGGGACACCUUUAUGACGGAGAUGUUGAUUGAUGUGGUUACUGUUGUAGUUGUUGCAAUUCUUUUUAUGUUAAUUCUUGGAUCUUAUGUGAAAAUAAUCUUGACCAUCCUGAAGCUGCCAUCAGCAAUUGGGCGAGCCAAGGCGUUCUCCACUUGUUCUUCCCAUCUCAUGGUUGUGGCUUUAUUCUUUGGAUCUGGUGUCAUUGCAUAUUUGAGACCAAAGUCUGGUCAUUCCACAGUAAUGGACAAAUUUCUUUCUCUGUUUUACACCACUUUGACACCAGUGUUUAACCCCAUAAUAUAUUGUCUGAGAAACAAAGAAGUUAUGGCUGCACUGAGAAAAAUCCUACUGAAAUGGAUUGUUUGGGACUCUAAGACAUAA